UAUAUACCAAAUAACCAGCUGAAAUGAGACAUCAGUUCGUCACACAAAAAACUGCAUAACUUAGGCUACAAUUUAUUAAUUAACAAGCACAUUUCAGCAGACAAUUAUGAUAGGACUAAUUGACUUAAGCCACAUAAAAACCUUCCGUUUUUCUAUUUUUCACUGUAUCUGCUUGUAGAUGCGGCAAAUACUUCGUUUAUUGUCAGCAUCCAGCGUUCAGAAGAUUUCGUAUUUAUCUACUCUACUAUAAUGCAUAUAUUCUCUUUCCAAUCGGAAAUAUUUCAGAGACAGCAAGUGUAUGGUUUACUCUAGUUCUAUCUGUAGAACGUUACUUAACUAUGAGCCAAAUAGGUUCAGCAUAUCAAAAUAAACUCAGGAUGCAAUCACCUAACACAUUACCUUCAAAACAGAAAAGUGAAAUAUUGUAUAACACAAACCAUUCAACUUAUACCACAGAAUAUCAAGAAACUUUUAAUGAAGAUAAAAAAUUGCCAAAAAAGGAUUCAAUUGAAACAGUAGAAAAUAUAGUGGAACAGCAACAGCAUCGUGAACAACAAACAACGGUGGGUAACUUCAAAUGUAUACUACUUAAUUUGCCACUAUUCUUUGUUCAAAAAGUUGUCAGGAAAAAUAAUCCUAUAAAAAAAUCAGCAAUUAAACAAAUGGAAAACAAUAAAACAACAAAUAAACGUCGUCAAAGGUACUUAUUACCAGAUUUGUCUAAUAAAAAAACCGGCCGUUUUAAAUUACAUAAAGCAAAUUUGCGCAGUACAAAAGUUAAUAAAGCUUCAAGCGCCAAAUGGCAAGCGGCACAGCGUAAAUUAACCAUUUUAUUAAUUGUUAUUAUUUGUUUAUUCAUAGCCGGACAAAUACCACAAGCAUUUGCAUAUAUUACUAUAUUUGAAGCAUUUAAUAGACAUUUUGGUAAUUCAAAAUCUAAAUUAUCAUUCACAAAUCAACAUAAAUCAAUAUCUCUACCUCAUAAUAGUCUUUAUUAUCGUAUGUGUAAAAGAAGACGUUCAUCUACGCUAUUUUGUAAUCCUACAAAACGACUAAUAUCAAUUGAUAAUACAGAUUUAUCUUCUGAAGCUGUUUCAGCUCCAGUUGAUUUAUGCACCAGUUCAAAAUGGAAAAAUAAAGAUUUUCUACAAUUAAGUGAAAUGAAAAAAGAUCUAUUAUCAACACCUAUUCAUCAUUCCCCUCAAUGUAUAAACAAAAUCAAUUCAAUUAUUAAAACAGAAAAUACUAUUGAUUAUAUCAAAAUGAAUUAUUCCUCAGUACCUGCUAUUAAUGAAGUAUCAAACUAUUUAGUCAUAUCAAAUCCUGUCAAUACAGAUAAUAAUCUACUUUAUAAACCUAUAGAAACUCAAUUUCAACAAUCAUCUUUAAUCACUAAAAUAAUGACCUAUCAAUUAAAUUCUCAAAAUACUAAACAAAUUACAACAUCACAAUCACAUUCAAUUUAUUCAAAUCAAUUAAUAACAAAUAAAGAUAAUUUAAACAAUGAUUUACAACAUGGGCAAUAUGUUCAGAAUUAUGAUAAGCGUAAAGAAGAUAUGAUUAAUAAUGCAAAACAAAAUAUUAUACAUUGUGUAAAUCUUAAUAUGUUGCGCAAUAGUAAUAAUAAUAAUAAAGAUUAUUAUAAUAAAAGUAAUGAUAAUAUUAGUAAUAGUACUAAUAGUAGUACUAGUAAGAACAGUAAUAGUGCGAUAACAAAUUCAAAAACUUGUACUCAUUCAAUAAUUGAUUCUGAUUCACAUGGUGUUGGUUUGACAUUUUCACAUGUUUAUUGUCCACUUAUAUAUAGAGAGAGUGAUUUUGAUGUGAUUUCAGUUGAUGAAAGUAAUGCACAAGAUGAACCAGAGCCUAAUUCAUUUUUAUAAAUUUAAGUAUAUGUUUUAUGAAAUAACAUAUGAACAUUUGUUUAUAAUAAAAGAAUAUUUUCGUUCUUAAUGUUAUAUCUAAUAUAAGAAGACUAGGAUCUAUGUAUCGUUGAAACAUACUAGCACAUAAAUAAACAACAUAGUAUAUAUCUAACAUUAUUCUGAGAUAUAAAUACUUGCUAUCGUUUCAAUGUUGUUUCUUCAUUUAUAGUUUUACCAUGGUCAUCAUCAUCGUAUGAGUAGAUUUCUUCCUGAUACAUAUGUGUAUUUUAUAAUAGAUAUAAAUAUUCAUAUACAUAAACAUUUCACUGUGAAUGAUAUUUAUGGUAUAAUAUACCUGUUGCAGUAUAUAAAAUUAAUGUACAGUAAAAUUAUUUUUAUUGAACAAGCUAUAAGGCCAUUCCUACUUACAGAAAGAAAAAAGAAUUUAUUGACAAAUAUUUUUCUAAAAAAUAUAUAUAUAUUUUUAUGUUGCCCGUAGUCUGAUCCUACUUUAUAAACUUGCUGUACGAGUGCAACUUUUUUGUAGUACACUAUUAGGUAGAGCCUUAUUACAUUUUCU